CGCCCAUUGGGGUAUAAAGCCAACCGUUCCCUGGUACAGAACCAGAAUAAUCUGAUUCAGCAGGAGCAGCUGAUCCAUUACAGAAUCAUGGUUGGGAUUGUGCCAAAGAAUAAGGCCCGAGGGGUGGACUUUUGUGGAGUUAAUGAUUAUUACUAGAUCGUUCGAUCUGACUUGAACUGUUACAUGAGAUCAACAAACUUCAACAAGGGAGAAGAUAUCAAUAUUUUUACACUUCACCCCUCGUGUAGAGACGGAGACCAUUACCUGGCAUAUAAAGAUGAUUACUUCUACAUCAUUAAGGGCAACAGCUACCGCCGAGUCACCAACAUGAAUAAAGAUGAAGGUGCAGUCGUCUACUCGCUCCAUCCCAACUGCCAGGGGGGAGACCAUUACCUGUCCUCUGGGGACUACUUCUACAUCAUCUACCAGAACCGAGGUGUCUAUCGUCGCACCAAGAACAUGAACCAGGAUGAAGAGAGUGAAGAAUUUACUCUCCAUCCAAACUGUAAGAAUGGGCUGUACUAUUUUGGAAUAGUAAAAUACUACUAUUUUGUAAAGCCCCAUGAUGAGUGGGGGCUUCAGUACUACAGGAGCAGCAACUUCAACAAGGAUGAAGAUAGUGAGACAUUUUAAUUUCAUCCCUCUGUCAUCAGCUUUCUCCCAGGGGGCUUGGCCAUCACCAAAGGUCCAUCAUUUGGCACGUGGGAGUGCAUCAAAACCAUUUCCAAUAAUUCCGACACUCCAGUAACCUGGACCAAGAAAAUCACCAAGAAGGUUGGCUGUGACAGAGAGAAGAUAUCCAGUAUAGAGCACAACUGGAAAAUAUCCCUUGAAGCCAGCAUGGAAACUGGGGGCUUGUCGUCUUUAAUUGCAAAGGCACAGUUCUCACUCAAAACUGAAUAUGGGGGAUCCUCAGUCAAUACGGAGAGAGAGAAUUGGUCCCAGGCUACUGAGGUGGAAGAAUCAAUGACCAUCACCUUACAGCCCAAUAAAUCAAUGUAUAUCUGGCAGUACCAAGUUGGCUUGGGGUCAGAAGCAGUUCUGCACUGCCGCGAUACCAGGUUUAAGAAUGAUCCGACCCCACCUACAGAUAAUCCACUGCCCCCAGCAUAAAAAUAGCCUUCAUGGUUCUACCUGUUUUAGUGAAUAGUUCAUUCUAUCCUGUUUAGUUUAGGAUGCAUCUGGUGCAAAUGGGUGGGGCUUAAUGUAGAUGCUUCAGUUUAGCUUGUGUUGACCAUAAGGGUUAGGUUGGAAAACACAUUAUAACUAGCUACUGGUGUUGAACAGGGACCUUGCUUUGAUAAAUGUUGGGCUCAUCAGCAUUAGCCCCACUGGGACCUUUUUCUUUUAAAGUUCUUAUGCAAUAAAUCAAAUAUUAACAUUUU